AUGACAACAAAACAAGUACAUAUUGAUCAAUCAAAGGAAAUAUCAAAUGAUGGAAAAAUAACUUCAACAUUGAAUGCUCAAAAUUUGAUUGCUACAACAACAGCAUUGUCACCAUCUGUGGAAAUUAGCACUCGUGCACCAUUAUUUACUGAUAUCGAAUUAAAAUCAAAUUAUCUGCAACAACAAGUUCCUGCAUCAAUGAAUCACGUAUCGAUACCAUCGAUACAAACAAUUCAUCAGAAACCACAGGUUGCUCAUUUAUCACAACCAUCAAAUUCAUCACAACCUGAACAAAUUCAACAACGAUCAGUGCUUUUUACAGCAACUGAACGAAUUUUAAUAGGUGAAACAGAUGAAGAACAGGUUUCAUCAAAAGGACAAGAAAUGAUUACAACAUUACCUGCAAAAGUUUUGGUAUGGAUGCCACCUGGUAUCACCGGUUUAAUUUCACAUGAAACAUCUAACAAAUUUCAUGAUAUCAAUGCAACAACUUCCUCCGAUAAUUCACUAAAUUCUAUUGUAUCUGAAACCCUUAUAUCACAAGCUAAUGAAAUACCAGCAUUAUCAUUAUCAUCGUUAUCACCAUCAUUGUUACCAAUAACAACAACAAUAGCAACGGCAACAACAACAACAGCGACGACAAACACAAUGCCAAUGACUGAAGUAGAAGCGAAAAUUUUAUCUGAUUAUCAAUUCCCCAUAGCGGUACCAGUAGCUAGACCAUUAAACCCAACAAACAUUCCCGAAGCAGUGAUAAGAGAUAACAAAUUUCUCGAUCAGAAUCCGCAAUUCGUAAUUCCGGAAUCGAAUGUGAUGCAGAUAGGAUUAGAAAACUCAAAAAUCCAUUCAAAUCCCAUUAAUACUAUGCCAAGAAGUUAUGAACCGAAUCAAUUUUUGUGA